AUGGCAGCCCGCGAUGCAAUCAAGCUCGAGCUGCCUGUGGGGGUGAAAACAUUUAAAUUCACUUUUGAGUGCAGAACGCCAGGACCUAUAGCCAUCGAAAUAUCUAUCCGCAAGCCUCUCCAGCCGCUAAGCUCACAAGCAGGUAGUGUAGAGGGUCCCGACACCAGCGAUGUUCACACCGAGACACCGGGAGUGCUUAACAAUUGGUUGAAGGACCAGAAAGUUGAAUAUCAAUCGUUUUUAUUGAGCGCUGCUAAGGCAGGUCCUCCAGUGGUGGAUGAUAGUGUGACCGAACCUGAGUCGGAGCCAACUGCUGAAGAACUCGUGAGUUUUUCGCAGUUAUAUUCUAGUACUGGGCAACUGGUCGAAGCUGUUGAUGAUAGCGUGACCGAACCAGAGUCUGAUAUACAGCCACCAUUCGAGUCUCCAGAGCCUGCAAUGCCGGUGGAAUUUACUCGCUGGUACAACAUGAAAAAACAACAAGAUCCUACGUUUGAUGAAACUUUAGCAUAA